CAAGCACAGAAAUGUUUCAUCUGUGGGGAAUUUAAAAGACUUGGUUCGUUGUGUUCAUUUUUCUGUCAUGGUAUCUUUAAACGGUCCAUGAUUAAGACAUUACAGAGCUGUGUUUAACCAGUAGGAUCUAUGUUUUUAAUCAGAAAGGCAAUUUUCACAAGAAACUGAUUUUCAAACCUACCUUUCGCAGGAUCUCAAGAUGAAACUCCCUCUGUUAUUUAGCAUUUCAGUCUAUUUUCUAGGAAUUAAGCAAAGUCUCUCACAAGCAUGUGGAAAACCAGUGUACAACAGCCGGAUUGUGGGUGGGGCUGAUUCACAAGAUGGCUCCUGGCCUUGGCAAGUUGGCAUAUUAAGGAAUUCUUAUUUUAUAUGUGGAGGUGCCCUCAUUUCAUCAAACUGGGUAAUCACAGCUGCCCACUGUUAUAAUAACUCAUUCAGUGCAGAUUCAUACAAAGCCUUACUUGGGUGGUACCAGCUCCGAUCCAGAAGCCCGCAUGCUGAAUGGGUCAACGUUAAACAAGUUAUUGUCCAUGCGAAUUACUCCAACCAAACACUUGAAAAUGAUAUUGUACUCAUGGAGCUAAACCAAAGUGUUACAUUCACCAACUAUAUUCUUCCAGUCUGCCUGCCAAGUUCCAGUGUCCAGUUCCCUGAUGGUGUGAUGUGCUGGGUUACUGGCUGGGGAAACAUCAAGACUGGAGAACUGCUUCCGGAUCCUAUGACCCUGCAAGAAGUGGAAGUACCCAUUAUCUCCCGCUCUGUGUGCGACUGUCUCUAUCAUAUUGAUAACAGUGUAAAGCAGAACCAUCCAAUUAUUCCCACCACUUCCAUGUGUGCUGGUUACACACUCGGCCAAAAGGACUCCUGUCAGGGAGAUUCCGGAGGACCACUUGUAUGCAAACAAGGUGAUACCUGGACUCUAGCUGGAAUUGUGAGUUUUGGAGGUGGCUGUGCAGAACCUAACCACCCUGGUGUGUACACUCAAAUUGCAGCAUUCCAGACAUGGCUUCAGGGCAAGGUGGCAGGACUGGCAUUCAACACAUUCAACCUAACAAGCUCACCCAGUGUAGUAAACAGCAUAUGUGAAUACCAGAACGGAGUAGCAGUGAAACGUCAGGACAACUUUGUCUUAGUUAAUAUGACUACCCCUAGCAGUACGUCAAAUACUAUCUCUACAGCUGUCCUACUUGAGAUCACCAAUGCAGUUAGUAAAACAAGUAAUGUGCUCACCACUUCCAGUACUAAACAGGAUAGUAGGGAUACAAAUAUUCCAAGAAAUGAUGUUCAGAAUGUUAAUUUUAAUAAAAAUUCCACUGUCCUUAGUGGCUCUAUGAAGAAUGUUUUUUCUCUGCUGAAUACUAUUGCCUGUACAAUAACAGGAUUUCUUCUAGUACAUUCUAAGAAGUAACUAAAAAUACAGACAAAACAAAAUUCUCCUUUUCUUUUGACUCUCUACUCUGUUCAGCUGUCCUAGCUACUUAAAACUUAUGGAGACGUAAAAUGCAGAAGGAAUCUAGUGCAUUAAAAAAAUCAGAUAGUAUCUUACAAAUCUUUCCAUCCAGUCUGUUUCCAGCAUGCUCCUUGCCCUUUUGAUUCCACCAUAUUUAUACAUCCAAACCAUGUCCUAGAGCACAGUGUUUAAUAAAGUUUAUUUUCAUUCAUAAACAUCCCCUUCAAGUACUCAGUUGUGCAGUGCUUUUCUUCUACUGUUACCAUCUAUUAAUUUUACAGCAUAGCUCCAUUCACUUAUGAGUAAUGACAGAACUCUUUAAUAUGUGCACAUUCAAAAAGUGUCUCCAACUAAUUGUAUAACCCUGCAUUUGCUUUCAGUUUAGACAAAUUUUCAUGAUAUUGUUUCAGGCUGAAAGUAGUCAAGUGUUUUCUGCAAGUGUCUUUUGCUAAGCAAAAAGGGAUAUUUACCUGUAGCAGUGCAAUUUAAGGGGUUUUUCUUCAAACGAGAGAAGCCCCAAGUAAGGCUGCAAAAUGUAGCAUCAUUUGUAAACUAUAAUCCAUAUUGAAAUACAUAAUGCCAUAGACUGGGCACUGAUCCCUAAAAAUAAUGUGGAAACACCUUCCACCAGCACAGGACCAUUUUUGAGUCUGCCAUAAUCAUGAAUGGCAAAAUACUGUCUCUCAAGAUAAACGUUAAUGUAGGAGCUGGUACAUAGCUAUUAUUACGAUAUAUAUAUAUAUAUAAUUCUUGUUUACUUCUGCCUCAUAAUUGGAGCUAAAAAUUUGAGCUAGUGUAAACCUCAAGUGCUGCUUUUAUGAGUGAAGCCUGUACUGUAUGUUUAAUGACACUGUUCCAGUGACCUAGAGGGAUGAAGCUCUGGCUAUGGUCCAGACAACCCAAUUUCAGUUAGCAGCUCAGAUGGCUGCUAGAGUGGCAAGGAGGCAUGUGUAUGUCCGUCCUGGGCGGGAGGACAUUCAUUGUUAAUGCUUUCUAAGGGUAGGUGUGGUCCAAAGAGGAAAUAUGCUUCUUGGAUAUAGUCGAUGAGCACAAGGGGUGGGGAAGAGAAUAGCUAUGGCAUAUGAAGGACAGAAGUAAAGAUGGCUGAGCCCCCCAGGAUACCCUUAGGAUCCACACCUGGCCUCAGCAAAACCUGUGUGUCUGGGGGUAAGAGAUUAGCUGGUAGUUUUGGCAUGGAUUUCAAAAGCACAAAGCACAAACCAAGAAACACAGAAAUUGAAGAAGGAAAUCCAGAUGUACCACAAAGCAGGUAUUCCAAACACAGGAUUAUUUUAUCCAAACUGAUUAAGCGCUUUUGUCAGCAAGUCUG